AUGUCGUGGCCGAUCAUUAUUGGUCGUGACCUAUUAGAAAAGUUCGGCAUAAAACUUCAGUUCUGUCAGGGAUUAAAAUCUCCAGAAUUUUCAGACGACGCCUUUAUCAAAGAAAUUUGUGCUAUUGAUACUAGCGAUAACCGAGAAUCAUUCCUUUUAGGAAAGGAAUUAUCCAAUUCGGAGAAGGCAGACAUCCUAUCCAUUAUCAACCACAACUACAUCAACUUUCCUCACCAUAAAAUAACUCCAUCCACGCACAAAAUGAAGAUAAGCCUUUCCCACGACACGCCCAUGCCACACGUAGACGCCCUGAGCCGGACAGAGGCUGUAGGCGCCUUAUGUGAAGUCGACCUAGAUUUUCAAUUAUCCGUGGCCCAGAUGCGUGACCCCAACAUUGAAGCAUUAAAGCGACGAUUAGAAACGGAAGAAGUUAGCAAAUUCACCCUUCGAGACGGUUUAAAUCACGGUAUCACUCAUGUUCUUAAUGCGACUGCUUCUCCCCAAGCCAAUGGACAAGUCGAAAGAGUUAAUCACGAAUUGACUGAAUACCUAGACGCAAAGAACGAUUACACUGACAGGGACUUGGGCGCCACACGAUCGGUAGCUUGUGCAAAUAUCCUUAAGUCUCAAAGUAUCAACGAAAAGUACUUCAAUGACAAUCAUAAGCCAGCCCCAGAGUUCCAAAUAGGAGAUUAUGUAGUCAUUCGUCACAUAGAUCAUACUACAGGUAGCAAUAAGAAAUUAGCAGCUAAUUAUCGCGGACCUUAUAUAGUUUAUAAGAAACUUCCUAACGAUCGAUACGUAAUUAGGGACAUAGAAGGGUGUCAAAUCACUCAGAUGCCUUAUGAUGGAGUUUUAGAAGCGGAUAAACUAAAAAAAUGGAUCAAUACUGAUACGCAAGGGUCUAAGUGUAUAGACGAGUUGUAA